AUGACUGUCAAGGUUGGCAUCAACGGUUUCGGCCGCAUUGGCCGUAUCGUCUUCCGCAAUGCGGUUGAGCACCCCGACGUCGAGAUCGUUGCCGUUAACGACCCCUUCAUUGAGCCCAAGUACGCUGAGUACAUGCUCAAGUACGACUCUACCCACGGCGUCUUCAAGGGCACCAUUGAGGUCUCCGGCAGCGAUCUGAUCGUCAACGGCAAGACCGUCAAGUUCUACACUGAGCGCGACCCCUCUGCCAUCCCCUGGAAGGACACCGGCGCCGAGUACAUCGUCGAGUCCACCGGUGUCUUCACCACCACUGAGAAGGCUAGCGCCCACUUGAAGGGUGGUGCCAAGCGCGUCAUCAUCUCUGCCCCCUCGGCCGAUGCCCCCAUGUACGUGAUGGGUGUCAACGAGAAGACCUACGACGGCAAGGCCGCUGUCAUCUCCAACGCCUCUUGCACCACCAACUGCCUGGCUCCCCUCGCCAAGGUUGUCAACGACAAGUUCGGCAUCGUUGAGGGUCUCAUGACCACCGUCCACUCCUACACUGCCACCCAGAAGACCGUCGAUGGUCCCUCGGCCAAGGACUGGCGCGGUGGCCGUGGCGCUGCUCAGAACAUCAUCCCCAGCAGCACCGGUGCCGCCAAGGCCGUCGGCAAGGUUAUCCCCGAGCUCAACGGCAAGCUUACCGGCAUGGCCUUCCGUGUCCCCACCUCCAACGUCUCCGUUGUCGACCUCACCUGCCGUCUCGAGAAGCCCGCCAGCUACGAGACCAUCAAGGCCGCCCUCAAGGAGGCUUCCGAGGGUGAGCUCAAGGGCAUUCUCGGCUACACCGAGGACGAGAUUGUCUCCUCUGACCUCAACGGCAAUGCCAACUCUUCCAUCUUCGACGCCAAGGCUGGUAUCUCCCUGAACGACAACUUUGUCAAGCUUGUCUCCUGGUACGACAACGAGUGGGGCUACAGCAGACGUGUGCUCGACCUCCUCUCCUAUGUCGCCAAGUAUGAUGCUUCUCAUUAA